AUGAGCGGGUUAGAAAUUGUUGGCCUUGUUCUGGGUGCCGUGCCGAUCAUUCUUUCCAUCCUGGAGACAUCCAAGUCACUCAAUCGAAAGAAGAUUGCGUUCCAGAAGAAGCAAUUCUACAUCGAUCGUAUGAUCAAUGCUCUAUCAUGGCAGAAGACGCUGAUCGAAGGAGACCUGGAGAUCCUGUUCCGGAGUAUCGGGCUGGAGGAUCAGGACUUGCGCACAAUCGGGUCAAACCCCUACGAGGCUCUGUUGAAGCAACCGGACAUUCAGGAAGGAGUCCAGGUCUUGAUGGGUCCUCGGUAUGACUCCUAUGUGCAAGUUCUGUCAGACUGUGAGCGGGCACUGCUCGCUAUCCUGAGGUCAGUCAAAGGCUUGCAAGGCGGCGCUUGGGUUGAUAAUGGCAAACUGGCCGACAUGAUGCAGGCCAACAGUCCACUGAAGCAGGGCGACCGGGCAUUUUUGAAACGCCUGAAAUUCAGUAUGCACAAGGAAGAGCUUGAAUCAACCAUCCGCGACCUCGACCGGACUUCGCAGCUCCUGACUCGUCUUCGAGAGACCAGCCAGGAAGCGAACCAGGUCAUCCUGCAAAUCCCAUCCAUGAAGACAUCGAAGAUGAUCGCACUCUUUCAACAGGUCCGUAAAAGGGCAUAUUCGCUGUACGGGGCCAUGAUGAGGAGCUGGGCGAAACCGUGUCAUGAGACCCACAUCGCCAGGCUAUAUCUCGACAAUCGAAUGGACUACCUGGGAGACGGCAUGAACCGGAAGGGGACAGGCAGGAAUCCAGCCAUCGAAUUCACCGUGACGCUGGAGGGCAGAGGAUCUCAGGGCCAAUCGACGCGCCAUACCUGUUCGAUCGAGACCAUGGGCGCUGAGGACGGUGACGGUGACGUGGAGAAUUCCGGAAAGACCUUGGUAGUCUCGUUUGCAAUUCCAUCGUCCUCAGCGGUCAAAUCGCCCGUGACCAAAAACAUCGAUGACAUCUGUCAUCUCAUUGUGGAAUCCGCGAUCCAGAGCCAAGCACUCAAGAUAUACCUUCGCCAUGACGGGGUCUUGUGCUAUCGAUGUGCGCCUGGCGGAGGGAUGCAAACGAUAACCACUCCCACCACCAUCAACGACGAGCUCAUUAGCUUACAGGAGAUCUUGCACCUGCCAAAGGCCAGGCUGUCGUUGAGGCAGCGCGUGAGGCUGUCCGCCGUAGUAGCAUCUUCGGCGAUGCAGCUUCAUGCCACUCCCUGGUGCGCGGCUCUGAGAAAGGAGUGCUUUUCAUUCCUCGAACACAAUGACUCUGGCCGUACUUGGGUCGAUCUCGACCAUCCAUUCGUGACCUGCCUAUUCAAGAACCCCGGUCAGACAACAAGGAAGUCGGGUGAGGCUGAAUUGCUGGACCUGGGCAUUUUGAUCAUUGAACUGUGGGAGAACGAGUCGAUUGAGGCGUUUGCUGCCCAGAUGCACCUUCAACUUCUGGACACAUACGAUUGUCGACAGAGUAUCGCCAGAUGUUGGCUGAAGGAAAAGCGAGACGACAUGUUGCCUCCCGUGUUUGGUGCAGCUCGGCGGUGUGUCGAAUGUCGCUUCGACACUUUGUCCGUCGAUUGGGACGACCGAAAAGUGAACUUGAGCAUCUUUGAGGGAGUGGUGAAGCCGCUGUGGGAGAGUUGUCGAGAGUGA